AUGGACACAGACGAAGAGGAUGAAGUUGUCGAAGAGGUUGAUGUCUACCUUUCCAAAGCCUUAUCAGAAAAUCUUUACUUGUUUCAAUACCCUGUCAGACCAGCAACCAUGACCUAUGACAACAUUGACCAUUUAAAAGCUAGGAUCAAGCCAAACCAACAAAAGUUGGUAAUGACAGAUGUAUAUAUGUACAUACAUUUAGGAGAACUGCACUUGUCUCCCCUGCAUGCUAUAGUCCAGCUACGACCAGCAUUUCCCUAUCUUGACCGUUCUGAUGCUAGAGCCAAAGUUGAUAGCAGUCAUCCAGGAGAUGAAGGUUCUCAAGAUGAAGAAGAAGAAGCAAAAGCAGUAACAGUUCGGUUCGCUGGGAUCGAAACGGAGAAGACCAAGCAAGCAAGAGAACGAUCCUAUAAUUAUCAUCAACAACAGAUGGCCAGUGAACCCUGGACUAAUGUUAAUUUCCAUAACUUGGGGAGUGACCUGUCUGGUAUUGAAGCUAUGAUGCUGCAGUGUCCUCAGAUGGACCAAGAUGUAUCAAGCUUGCCAGGAACUCCUGAUGAAUAUCUCAAGAUCCUCCUUCCUCUGUUAAAGGAGAAGAACAGCAGCAUGUCUCAAGGUUCUCGUGCCAUGCUGAGGAACUCUCCACUUCCUGACCAGGUUAAACAUCUUGCAGUGGCAGCUAAAGUUAUCCAGUUCUCCAGCCUACUUGAACUUCUUCCUUUCGGUGUGGAUCCUCUUGUUGUACUUAGAUCUCUUCAACAGGUGGCAGUACUAGUUCAGGGAUGCUGGGUGGUUAAAAGGUAAAGAUAUGAUUUCC